CAGGCGGAAGUUCCCGGAUCGAGGCGCCGCCAUCUUUGCUGCCCGGACGCCGAGCGAGAGGCUGACAAGAGAGUCGGAGCCGCCAUCCGCUGCCAUCCGUCGCGCAGACCCUGCCGGAGCCGCCGCCGCUAUGGACGAUCGGGAGGAUCUGGUGUACCAGGCGAAACUGGCCGAGCAGGCCGAGCGAUACGACGAAAUGGUGGAGUCAAUGAAGAAAGUAGCAGGGAUGGAUGUGGAGUUGACAGUUGAAGAAAGAAACCUACUGUCAGUUGCAUAUAAAAAUGUGAUUGGAGCCAGAAGAGCAUCCUGGCGGAUAAUCAGCAGCAUUGAACAGAAAGAAGAAAACAAGGGAGGAGAAGACAAGCUAAAAAUGAUUCGGGAAUAUCGGCAAAUGGUUGAGACUGAACUAAAAUUAAUCUGUUGUGACAUUCUGGACGUACUGGACAAACACCUCAUUCCAGCAGCAAACACUGGCGAGUCCAAGGUUUUCUAUUAUAAAAUGAAAGGGGACUACCACAGGUAUCUGGCUGAAUUUGCCACAGGAAAUGACAGGAAGGAGGCUGCAGAGAAUAGCUUGGUGGCUUAUAAAGCUGCUAGCGAUAUCGCAAUGACAGAACUUCCUCCAACGCACCCCAUCCGUUUAGGGCUUGCUCUCAACUUUUCCGUAUUCUACUAUGAAAUUCUUAAUUCCCCUGACCGUGCCUGCAGGUUGGCAAAAGCAGCUUUUGAUGAUGCAAUUGCAGAACUGGAUACGCUGAGUGAAGAAAGCUAUAAGGACUCGACACUUAUCAUGCAGUUGUUACGUGAUAACCUGACACUAUGGACUUCAGAUAUGCAGGGUGAUGAUUCCUAAAGGAAAAUCCAACUGAUCUUUCCUAAAAACUACUUUGUGAAGAACAGAAUAAAGAAGCGCUGCAGGAUGUGGAAGAUGAAAACCAGUGAGAAAGACAUCAAAGCCAACAAGAGAAUCCAUCUCUGACCACCCCACUCCUCCCCAUCCCUCCCCCUGAAAAUUUCCCAUUGUCACUGAGAACCACCAAAUCUGACUUUUACAUUUGGUCUCAGAAUUUAGGUUCCUGCCCUGUUGGUUUUUUUUUUUUAAAAACAGUUUUCAAAGUUCUUAAAGGCAAGAGUGAAUUUCUGUGGAUUUUACUGGUCCCAGCUUUUAGGUUCUUUAAGACACUAACAGGACUGCAUAGAGGCUUUUUCAGCAUUACUGUAUUGUCUCCGUGCCAGAUGUGGCAAGAUAACCAUUAGACAUGGAUAUUACAUUGGAAUGCCAUUAGACUUCUAGGUGAAGCGAGAGUCUAGGAGAGAGGUUUAUCGCACUGUAGGGCGCAUGUGGUGGCAUUUUUCCUUUUUAUAAUUGUUUAAACCGAAUUUUAUACCAAUGUUUAAAAUUAAUUGGGUGUUUAGCUUGAAGUUACAGGUUGCGUUGGAACGUUUAUUGUAGUGGUUUUGCUGUAAAAAGUGUUUCCAAACUGUGCUGAAAUGGUGCUGGUAACAGCCCAACAAUCCGUGGCUGCUCAUUCUUGCCGACUUUGACCUUCCCUCACAGCAGGUUAGCAUUGAAGGUGGUAUUGAAAAGCCUGCAUGCGUGUUCAAUUCUUUGGGUUUUCUCCUUCCCUUUUCCCCUUCUUCCCCUUUACUCCCUGCCCUCCUUCGCUCGCUCAACCUCUUUCGUUCAGUAUGUGUAACUUGAAGCUAAUUUGUACUACUGGAUAUCUGACUGGAGCCACAGAUACAGAAUCUGUAUUGUUCUUACUGAAACACAGCAUGGAAUUAACAUUAAACUUAAAUAAAACAAACCUAAAUUAAAAAUGCCAAAAA